UAACGUUUAAGGCAUGUGCGCUGAUAACAUUUGAAACGUUGCGUGGGUAUGGAUCCGUUGAGACCUUUAAUCACAAUUACCGUAAGAAAUGCAGAACGUUAUACAUGCAGUUUGUCAGUUGUUUGGAGACCUUAAUCUGUGAACUGGAGGAUUUGUGACGUAACACGUGGUGUUUCAUUGAUGGUGACGUUUCCGAUUUCAGUUAAGCUAAGCGUGCCGUUGCAUUGGUAUUUGAGAUAUUGUGACGUACCGGUAUUAAUUGACAUGGACAUGGCGUUGAUGGUGCGGACAUUUAGAGCAGGACUGCGGAGGUCUACACUGGUUCUCAUAGUGUUCGUUGCUGGUGUCUUCCUCGCACUUCACGCGAUACGGACAGGCGAUGAUACGGUACCCCAGACAAUUUUCGCUUCGUUCAUCCCGGUGCAUAGUUCUACAAAAACGACUGCAAUAAUGAAGUCCUUGAAUUAUUCAUCGACUACCGCAUUGACAAAGGCUCAGUCGGCAGAGAACAGAUUCCGGACUAGAUUACAGAGAAUUCAACACACGUGCGAGAAGAAAACAAACUUACGAGGUAUUGUUUUAAAACCAGAUUGUGAAGAACCGAGGAAAAAUUUUCUGAAUGUAGAAAAUAAGCACGUUGUCUUCUGCGCCAUAGAAAAGACCGGGAGUACCUUCUGGAGACGGAUAUUUCAAAUGGCGGCUAAUGGGGCAGACGGGCAUCCGUCAUUAAUCAAAACGGCCGAUGCGUAUAAUCAGAUUGGUUAUCGAUCUAUGGAAAACAUGAACUGGAAAGAAAUCACUUCUGUGUUUCAAACUUCCAACAGUAUCAUGUUUGUAAGGAACCCAUAUUGGCGCUUGUUUUCGGGCUGGUUAGAUAAACUAUAUUCGCCAAACUGGAUUUACUGGAUGAUCCAUGCAGAUGAAGUUGCAAGGAAGAAAGGACAACUGUACAUGGGGGAAUGCGCCAACGAUGUGUCUUUUGUCGACUUUGUGGAUCACCUUACGGACAGCAUCCUAGACGGUCAAUGUGUGAACGGCCACUUCAGUCCGAGCCACGAGCACUGCUUCCCGUGCGCGCUGAACGUUACGUAUGUCGGCAAAUACGAGACGCUGAAAGAGGACACGAUCUCCCUCACGCAGAAUCUGGGCAUACAACUGAAUCUGAAAGACUUCGAAAGAGACGCGGCAAAAGAUGCUAUCGUCGACGCGGUUGACUGGGUGUUUGCCGAAAAGGAUAAAAUUGUUGGUUGCAAAGUUACAUUUCACUGCGCUUUGUUUCGUGUGUGGAGCAGAUUGCAAAGCCGAGGAAUCAUAUCUCGUGACAUCAUGUUUCCUUAUAAAUCACGUGGUGAAGCCGCUGACGUCACGUACGAUGAGUUUUAUCAAAGUCUGACGCUGGCGCAUCUGAAUAGCGAAGCAUCUGCACUAAAGUUAGGUCGUAAAAAGUCGUUCGCUCAGGCGAUACGGUCUUUACCAGACCGGGUCAUAUCAAAAAUCAAACAUGCGUUUAUUGAUGAUUUUGAAAUGUUUGAUUACAGUUUGAAUCCCCUGGAGCAGGAUUUAGAGACGUUAAAGACCAUUCCUGGAGAAUAUUUACAGACAUGUCCUUUAGUUUAAGGUUAAUUGCUUGAAUUGUAUCGUAGGUAGGUAAGUCACCAUAAUAAAAAAAAGAGUGAGAAAUGAUUAAAGGAAGCUAAGGUU